CACACACAGACAGACAGACAUUCACGAUUUUAUAUAUAUAGAUUAAACCCAAAGAUAUUGGUUUAUGCUGUUUCAAGCCCGAGCUGAUAAGAAGUUCACAUUUUGCAAACUGAGACUGAAUUAUUCACGCACAUAUAUUUUUAGGCAUUGCCCGAACAGGCGGUUAAAAAAAGAUAUCUAUACACCGUAUAGGCACGUGGGCGAUCAAUCACGAGCUCAAGGCUAUCACAAUGAUUUCUUAUAACCAAUGCGGUCCCUCAAAAUGAUGAUUAUAAUCAAUAAUACAUUGAUAUUUGCGGAAUCCGCUUAUAAGUUUGACUUGCCAGCACGCGCCCAUAAAUUAACUCUAUCAUGCUUAAAACUUGAACCUAUUAGGUACGUGUAUCGCAUUGUUUAAUUCGUAAGAUGCGUGUGCGCAUUAAAACAUAUAUGGAUACGAAUAAUGAAAGUCAACAUCGAAUCCUCGCGUCCCGGCUUUUCAUUGGUGGCUCAAGGAGAGGGCGGAACUCGAGCGAGAGGAGCCAAUCAGCAGCGGCGCGCUCUACGAUCCUCGUCUCCGCUAUAAAAGCCGCUCCCGUGGUGCGUGUUAACGUCACAAAUCGUUCGUACUUUGUCUCCAGUGCUUUUUGCAUCCUAGGUCCCUUAACGAUGUCUGGACGCGGCAAGACCGGUGGCAAAUCUCGCGCCAAGGCAAAGUCCCGCUCUUCCCGCGCCGGCCUGCAGUUCCCCGUGGGUCGCGUUCACAGGCUGCUCCGCAAGGGCAAUUACGCCCAGCGGGUCGGCGCUGGAGCACCCGUCUACCUGGCCGCCGUGCUCGAGUACCUUUCUGCCGAGAUCCUCGAGCUGGCUGGCAAUGCCGCCCGCGACAACAAGAAGACGAGGAUCAUCCCCCGACACCUGCAGCUCGCCGUGCGAAACGACGAGGAGCUCAACAAGCUCAUGGGCGGCGUGACUAUCGCCCAGGGCGGUGUGCUGCCCAACAUCCAGGCCGUGCUGCUGCCCAAGAAGACCUCUCAGGCAAAGAAGUGAACGCGCCGCCGCCUCUACCACCACAACAACGGCUCUUUUCAGAGCCACCCACUUGCUUGCAAAGAGCUCGGACAGUCGUGCACAGGGGUUUUGUUAUUAAUAAGGACACCUCGAUUUAAAGCUUUCGUGACUGCAGGGAUUCAU